AUGAAGGGUAUCGCCUACGACGCAUCUCUGACUAGACAUCGUUUGAGAGGCACAAGCAAGGUUGCCUCAAACGCUUCUGACGGGUUACUCAUUGUCACCCGCAUUUUGCAACACUCCGGAUUGACUUACAAGAAAUUCGUUGCUAAACGAUCACAUAAGUGCGAUACGAGCAAGAUUCGACUCAAAGUACCUCUCCAGAUGUUUGAUUAUUUGGCAAACCGACCCGCGCUACAGCACCGCCAUAUUGCUCAAGACGAGAUCAUCAAUGGAACUGAUGGCUUGCCCGCCCGAAGAGACUUUGACGACGCUAUAGGAUUCGUCGUCAGGCCAUUGUUUAACGAAGGGAAUAUCCUGGAAUACCUCGCAAAACGCCUUCAACUAUCUACUGUGAAGCUGAGACUCGUUGCUGAGGUUUCCAGUGCUCUCGGCUACCUUCAUUCGCAGGGUAUCGUCCACGGAAAUGUCUGCCCAACGAAUAUUUUGAUUGGAGACGAUGGUCAUGCUAUGCUGACAGACGUUGGGAUUCAUGCUGCAUUUGUUGACUUCAUCUGUGUACCAUGUGGUCGUAUACCAGCUGCACCCACGACGCGAUACAAGUCGCCUAGGGAGGUGUGCUGCUCCGAUGAUGUGCCACCACGAAAUGCAGCCAACGACGUGUACAGCUUUGCGAGUUCAACGUAUGAGUUCAAUGACCUGUUCGAAAAGGUCAUGUCUGGCCAGACGCCAUUCGACGGCAUGCGGCUCUAUAACAUCGUUGUCGCGGUCGCUCGCAAUGGCCACUUGCGCUUGCCUCAACCUAGAGGCAUCACGGAUGGCCUGUGGCAAUUGCUUCAGGCUUGCUGGUCGAUCGACCCAAUGCAUCGACCCAAUAUCGAAGACGUCGAAAGGCGUCUGGAACCAAGAAUAAGAAGAGCUCAAGAAACACCCAGUCAAGUCCAAGUAUUCUACGCGCUCCACGGAUCUGCAUUCGCGAAGGAAGAAAUGGUUCUGCAUUCUAUUAUGAUCAUUGAGGAGGGGAAGAGCUUCAGGAUUCUCAAGGAAACCACAAAACCGAAAAAAACAUACAUUGUGACCAGAUACAUGAUUUUAGUUCAUAACUCUGAGAUGCGGAACUUGUACUAUCCUCGACUUUUGAUCGAAUACAUGACUUGGAUUCGUAACUCUGAGAUGCGGAACUUGAACAGCGAAACGAACAAGAAACGAAGAAAUUGA